AUGGAUGACACAAACCAAACCGUCGUGAAUGGAUUCAUCCUGCUUGGUCUCUCUGAUGUUCCGUUCCUACAAGUUAUGUUCUUCUUGCUGUUCUUGGCUAUGUACAUAACGACCCUGUCGGGAAACCUGUUACUUAUAUUAGCGGUGAGACUGAAUACUCAGCUCCAGACCCCGAUGUACUUUUUCCUCAGCACUCUCGCCUUCAUUGACCUCUCCUUAUCCUCUUCCAUAGCGCCUCAAAUCAUGGUAAACACAAUAGCCCCCGGCAGAAUUAUUAGUGUGUUGGCAUGUGCGUCCCAAAUGUUCAUCUCUCUAGUUCUGGGGGAAACUGAGUGUUUGAUGCUGGCCGUCAUGGCCUUCGACCGAUACGCAGCCAUCUGUAAACCUUUACACUACAAUAUUAUCAUGAACAAGAGACUCUGCCUUCUUCUGACUGCAGGGUCCUGGGCUAUCUGUGUUAUAAAUUCCGCCUUCCAGGUGACUCUCACUUUUAAGCUGCCUUUUUGUAGGUCCCACCACAUCAACAACUUCUUCUGUGAGCUGCCACCUUUCAUCCGCAUGUCUUGUAAGGACGCUUGGUUAAACGAGGUUACGUUGUAUACCUCGGUUGUAGUCAUUAGUAUUUUUUCCUUGUUUCUAAUCCUAACGUCAUAUGUUCGUAUCCUCCUCGCCUUAUUAAAGAUCAGGUCCACCGAAGGAAGACGGAAAGCCUUCUUCACCUGUUCCUCGCACCUGACUGUGCUCUCACUAUUCUUCGUCACUACUACGUUCACCUAUUUACGCCCCAGGUCCAUGCACUUUCCCGAGACAGACAAGGUCCUCUCCAUUCUGUAUAUGACAGUGACUCCGAUGCUCAAUCCCAUUAUCUAUAGCGUUAGAAACACAGAUGUUGUAGGCACCAUAAAAAUAAUGUUCACCAAAAAAGAUUUUUACGUAAAAAUGGCUAAAUUAAAGACUUGUGGCUAAUAAUGUAAGUUAGAUGGCUGUAGCAUAUGUAUCGUUAUUUAUAUGACUCUACUAAUGUCACGAACCGGGUGAACAGGUCUGAUAGGAGCCCAGGUGCAGGGGU